AUGUCUCCUAUCCAUACAGCAAUCCCUUGUCACCCCAGCUGCAGUGGUCAAGGAACAUGUUUAAAAGAUGGACAAUGUCUGUGUUGGUGGGGAUGGACUGGGCCUAAUGCAAAGUACAUUGUAUCUGGGUCAUUAAAGAACAGAAUACUGGUGAGAGCUGAGUGACCUCCUUACAAUUUAUGGUGAAAAACAAGCAAACAAAGAAAUCAGAAAAAAACAUUUAACCUGAUUUCAUGUAUUCUGGUUUGAGAACAGUAAUGCGGAUUCAUUUAUUUCUUUCACUCCUAUGUCCCUUAUAGACUACUGGUAGUUCACAUGUGUCUAGAGCUGUGCAGUGCAUUCAGAAUUUUGCACCUAAUUUUGCAUAUCCAUAUGCACGUGGCUAGUGCUAAAGCUACGGGGAUUUCAAAACUUUGGAUGAAAGGUUUCUUUGUGUAAAUGUACGGUUGAUGUGACUCUUUGACCUACUGUUUCAAUAUUGAACUUCUCAUUUCUACCGAAGUAGAGAGGAGAAUUUGUUGAAGUAUGAACUUGUUCUAUAUUUCAUCUUUUGCGAUCCUGUCCUUAUUAUUCUUGUCAACAACUUGUUUCAUAAAGCAUUGCUAUUAUAAACAGAAAUUUUAUGCUGAUCACUCCUAAAUUAAAUGGGUUAUGUCUCAGUUGAGAUACUAUGAGAAAACAGCUCACAUUCUGUGAUGCCACCACUGGUUUCCUCACAAAAUGAGAACUGAGGGGAAGACAAGAUGACUGGACCGAUGAUGUGUUAAUUAGGCUGGUUUUCACUAGCAAUGGAGUCAGAGUCAGAGGUGUAAGCGGAGUCAUUAGAGUGCUUAUGAUCUAGUGAAAAUAAAAAAUCAGAGCUAAGUGGAGUCAUAAGCGUGACGGAAUUGGAGUCAGAAGAAUCAGAUUAUUUCCAUUUCUUCUGACUCUGUUUAUGACUCUGUUGCUUAUGUUCCACUUAUGAUCUAGUGAAAAGCAGAUUGUCCGAGUCAGAAGCAGAAGCAGAAGGAUAAGCCAAUCAUAAUGCACGUUCUCACACUUUGUGAUUAGUUUAGUUCUUCUGCUUCUGCCGCUGACUCCGACAGUCUAGUUUUCAAUGGAUUAUUAUAAGCGGAAUGUAAGCAACGAAGUCGUAAGCAGAAUCGGAACGCUGUUUCCACUAGAUCAGAAGCUCUACACUUCUUUUUCCGACUCCGACUCCGACUCUGUCGCUAGUGAAAACCAGCCUUUACUACCCAGAUCUGGAUAGUGCUUCUCCGUGGUUGAAGCAGAUUUCUUCCAUGGCAUGCACUAAUCCGAAGCACUACCAGAUCUGGGUAGUGACAACAUGUCAUAGAUGUCAAUACCCUCAUUAGUUCUUCAGACAUCAUUUCAUGGGGAAACGGCUGUUUUCUAUAAGGCUACAGCUGGUAAGGAAAGAGUAAUUUGCUUUUUCUCCUUAAUUUUUAGGCAGACUACUGCACAACUGCGUGCCAUUAUACUCAUGUCUUUCAAAAUCCUUUGUGUGCCAUCAUCCCCACGAGGACCCCAUGCAAUCCAUUAUGUGGCACAGGUACAGCUGAUGUCUAAUAUUUUGGUAGCUCAUUAUUUAUGUAGGUAACAAAAUGUUGUUCAGAAGUGGCACAAAAUCCUUUUUUUUCUAUUAUUUGGAGAUGUUACUGUAAGUGAAAAAACAUUGUCUUUUUAUUCUGUGCAAAAACAGUACAACAAGCUUAAGGUAUUUGCGAUUUCUUAUUGGUAGUUAUGUUGGCAUGAGAACAAUCAUCUGCAUGGCAUAUAGGUCAAGAAAAGCCUCAUUGUUUUGUAUAGAAAAUAAUUAAAAGUUUUCUACUCAUAAUCACAAAAAUGUAGCUUAGAAAGGUUCUUAAAUCCUUCUAAAAGUAUUACCUCUCAAAACAAUCGCGUAAGCAAUAUCCCAAACUGAAGUUGCUGUGAAGGUAUAUUCCUGGCCCUUAGUACAUAGUGAUACCACUACAUUCUUUGCCUUGGUUACAGUGCUCUGCUCUAAGAGGAGUCGNGAAACGGCUGUUUUCUAUAAGGCUACAGCUGGUAAGGAAAGAGUAAUUUGCUUUUUCUCCUUAAUUUUUAGGCAGACUACUGCACAACUGCGUGCCAUUAUACUCAUGUCUUUCAAAAUCCUUUGUGUGCCAUCAUCCCCACGAGGACCCCAUGCAAUCCAUUAUGUGGCACAGGUACAGCUGAUGUCUAAUAUUUUGGUAGCUCAUUAUUUAUGUAGGUAACAAAAUGUUGUUCAGAAGUGGCACAAAAUCCUUUUUUUUCUAUUAUUUGGAGAUGUUACUGUAAGUGAAAAAACAUUGUCUUUUUAUUCUGUGCAAAAACAGUACAACAAGCUUAAGGUAUUUGCGAUUUCUUAUUGGUAGUUAUGUUGGCAUGAGAACAAUCAUCUGCAUGGCAUAUAGGUCAAGAAAAGCCUCAUUGUUUUGUAUAGAAAAUAAUUAAAAGUUUUCUACUCAUAAUCACAAAAAUGUAGCUUAGAAAGGUUCUUAAAUCCUUCUAAAAGUAUUACCUCUCAAAACAAUCGCGUAAGCAAUAUCCCAAACUGAAGUUGCUGUGAAGGUAUAUUCCUGGCCCUUAGUACAUAGUGAUACCACUACAUUCUUUGCCUUGGUUACAGUGCUCUGCUCUAAGAGGAGUCGCAGAAAGCCAAGCUGAGUCUUGGGGCACUGUUUUUGUUUAGGAAAGUACAAUAUUAUUAUUUUUAUAGCUGAUACUGGUUGACUUCUAAAUUAUCACAGGGACAUACAAUGGCCUGGGAAGAUGUCUGCCCAAUGGGCGUUGUCUCUGCUGGUGGGGCUGGACUGGCCCUAAUGCCACUUAUAUCAAUGGAGGGAUGUACACCAACAGAAUUGUGGUAAGGAUCAUGUUGUAGCAAGGAGAAGAGAAGUGAGGAGUGAAAAAAAGAGGGUAGUAGGGGUCGGGGUGGCCUGAAUUUUGGUCGACUUACUUUGCUGCAUUUUCUUGGGUCUCCGGGCUGAUUCCUCUACAGAACAAAAAGGAGUGGCUAAGAAAGUCAUGUCUGAUAGCCCAGGGAUGGUGAGUUUUGGUAUUGGCCUGGUAAAUUUUGCUCUUAACUUGCUUGAUGGGCUAGUGAAGUUUUUUGGGAUGAUUCAAAUAACAGAAGAACUGUAAUCAAUCCUGCUUGUCAAAAAUUUUUUCAGGCUAUUUAAAAUGGCCGUUGGAUUAGUUAGUAAUCAGAUAUGCUAGUUAAAAACUUGCCCAAAGGGUAAGCUGUAAAACUGACUUUUUUUGCACCCUGAAAAAAUUUAUUUCACACUUAUGGGUUUGUUUUUAUUCCUCAAAGGCUGAUAGCUGUACUAAAAGCUGCAGCUACACACAGGUUUACAGAAAUAACAAAUGUGUUAGAGCUUCAACAACAACCAAACCAUCAACACAGCCACUGAGUACAGGAAGCCCAACAACAGGGAUACCAAGUACAGUGAAACCAACUAUCCCCCAAGUGUGCAGUGUGCCAGUUAACAAAACUGUGCCGCCCCUCUCCUGUGAUCCACUAUGUGGUUCAGGUAACGUCUGUUCCUUGAAAACAGUGUAUUAUAGAUAAAAUCUCAAGAGUUGUUUACUUACUAUUAAAGCACAAGUAGAGAGAGUAUGAGCAAAGACAAUAUCAGCCACUUUACACUUCAACACCAUCUAUGUAAAAAAUCAGUAAGUGCUACUCGUCUAGGUUGUGGUGCUUAUUGGGGGGGGGGGGGGGGGGGGGNUUUUAAGUGUGAUUUGUAUUCAAGGGCCACACUGUUCAAGUAAAUACAGUAUAUGGAACUGGUUCUUUAAUUUUCAAACAAGUUUGUAAGGGCAACCUACACAAAGGAUUUCACACUAAUCUGCCGUGCUUGGCAGAGGUAAAAGAAGGUUCCCCUUCCGCCCUCCCUUGACAAGAUGUUCCAGUCUUGUUUGAGAAUGUCACUGAAUUUUGGUUGCAGGUCCAACUUAUCACAGUACUGGACAGUGUCUUUCCAAUGGGCGUUGUCUCUGCUGGUGGGGGUGGACUGGUGCAAAUGCCUGCUAUGUUGAUGGAGGAAUUUAUAACAACAGAAUUUUGGUAGGUGUUGUUGUUACAUGAUUUUAGGGAAUUGUUAAGCUUACUUGGCUUUUAGGUAUCAUUAGUAGCUCUGUCAGUUGUUUGUGUUUAUGGUAUAACAAGGGGGUCCUCCCAUGUCAUGCACAUUUAUUUUUGUUUUAUUUUUCUCUCCAAAGGCUGACAGUUGUGUUAAAGGGUGCCAUUACACACAUAUGUACAGAAAUAAUAAGUGUGUUACAGCUGCACCAACAACCAAACCGUCAACACUGCCACCGAGUACAGGGAGCCCAACAUCCAUUCCCUUGACAACUGUGAUACCCAGCACGGGGGCUCCAAGUACUGUGAAACCAACUACAGGGAAACCAGUACGUGCAACUACAAGAAGUCCAACAACAGGCAUGCCAACAACAGUGAAACCAACUACAGGGAAGUCAAGCACUCUGAAUCCAACCACAGGUAACCCAACAUCAUCAAAUCCAACCACAGGAAAACAAAUAACUACAGUACCACCAAGUACAAAAACCCAAACAACAGGCUUUCCAACUAAAUUCAAACCAACCUCAGGCCAGUCUAGCACUAUGAAACCAACCACAGGUAACCCAUCUAAUCCAACCACACGAAAACAAGCAACUACACCGCCAUCAACUACAAAAAGUCAACCGACAUGGUACCCAACUACACUGAAACCAACCACACGGAAGUCAAGCACUAUGAAAUCAACCGCAGGAAACCCUACUACCAUGUAUGCACCUCCAACAAGGCAAAGCACUAGUACAGUAAAAGUAACCACAGGACAACCAUCAACAAAACAGAAGACAAGUCAGCAACCUGCAAGUACAAAAACAGUAAAACCAUCCACGAAGGUGUUGACAACACAAGCCCCAAUACCCACGACCACAGCUGCUGCUACCACAACCCAAGCUACCACUAUAGAGCCAACUGAGCCUCCAGAGCCCACUGAGCCUCCAGAGCCCACAGAACCUCCUGAGGCCAAUGAUGAUACUCUUGAAGCGCUUGCGAACGUUCAAGUAAGGAUGCUGUAAACACCCAAUACUGUGUGUAAAUUAAGACCAUGGGUCUCAUCAGUGUGGCAUACCCCUAGGGAGACUACAUUGCUUGAAAGUUACAGGGCUUGAAAACAAUUUUUAAUUCCAGGUGAAAGCAGCUCUUAAUUUUCGCUUGCUCCCAGGGGAAUAGGGGAAGCUACAAUGUACAUGCUCCUGGUAGUUUACUUUUUAGUCAGAAAAUGACUUGCUGGGUCCUUGCCGAUCAGGCAAGUACAUUUACAUACAUAAGUGAAAGUGUGAAAAGUUACUUGCCUGAAUAGAAAAUCUACUUGGGACUGUUUUCAAGCCCUGAGUAACUAUGUAUGAAAUUCCCUGCACUGAAUAUGUAGACUGUCUGCCAUGGCCUGCUACCAUGGCUGUAGAGACGGGGCUUGACUCUAUAUUUUGUUGGAAGGGUUUGCCCUGCAAGUAAAUCAUUUUUGUUACCAAUUCUAUUACCAAGAACUUUGUUAAGCUAAAUACAGAUAGCAUGGUUUAAGUCGUCCCUUGGCAAGCCAUUAGCAGACUCCACUCUAACAAGCCAUGUUUUGUUCCCCACCAUAGUUACAAAAUGAUGCUGAAGUUGCAAAGUCAAAAGAAAGUGGAAAGAAAGAAGUCAAGAAGGAGAAGGAUUUCAGCCCCACAGCACUGGUGAUAGUUGGCGUUGUGUUGCUGCUUUGUGUUAUGGGUUUGGUGAUUGCUGUUUGGUGGACAUAUGGCAAUGGAAGCCAGGUCCCCAGUCUUCUGCGUGGCUAUGAACCAGUUGAAGGUGGGGAUUCCAACAUGAUGAUGCAGGAGUUAUCACAGACAGCUCCACUGCCUUAG